CUGGGCCGAUUGCACCUGCGCCUCCAUCGGCCCACGAGAGAGGGCGCCAGCGAACCAGUGGUGACGUCACGCGGGAGCGCGGCGCAGAGCAUUGUGGGAUGUCCAAGCCGUCCACAAAGCCAACAAGCCGGGAGGACGCGCCGAGGUACGUCGCAGCCGUCGCGGACGUCAUGGAGUUAUCGUCCGUGGGCGAGCGCGUGUUCGCCGCCGAAUGCAUCCAGAAGAAGCGCAUACGAAAGGGUCGAGCCGAGUAUCUGGUCAAGUGGCGCGGAUGGAGUCACAAAUACAACACCUGGGAGCCCGAAGAGAACAUUCUGGACGUUCGGCUACUGGAAGCCUUCGAGUCGAGCCAAAAGGAUGUCGGUCCUGGGAAGCGCGGACAAAAGCCCAAGAAGGAGCGGAGUCACAGCCAGGCUGAGUCUCAAGAUGCCAAGCACGACUCCAGCAAGGGCAAGAGCGAGGACGACACCUCCAACGACGGCGUGGGCACGCCCCACUCAAAGGGCGCUCCGUCGGACUCAGCUGCUACGCCGUCGCCCUCCCGGAGUCUGCAUCCAAUCUCCUCUCCGCGUCCCUCGGCCGCGGAGGAACGGGACGUGGCGGCGAGGGUAGCGUCCCCCGCGACGUCGCCGCCCAAAACACCGCAGUCCUCCGCGACAGCGACCCACUCCCAUCCACAGUCCGAGCCAAAGGCGGCCAGUCCCCCGUCGAAGCCCCCGGUCCCUCCGGCAACUGCCGCAGAUUCCAAGUCCACUCACAGUCCGUCGGAGAAGGAGAAGAAGGAUCCGCCAAGGAACGUCAAGCCAAUCGUUCCAGACGUUGCGAGGUCCGAGACUGUGGCGGCCUUGAAGCAGCCGGAGCCGUCGAAAACUGCGAUGCCGAAGCUGGCGGCGGAACAACCCGUCGCCCCACGACCGGCUCCGCCAACUCCCGCGGAGCCGCCGCGAAAACUGGAGGGCACGCCGGGGGGGAAGCGGAAAGCGGACACUCCGAAGCCGCUCCUGGGAUCGGCACCCGUGCCGCAGUAUCAGCCGGCCGCCGCGAUCGGUCAGCCGCCGAACAAGGUGCCAAAACCGGCUCCGAAAUUUGAGGCACCGCAGCGCCACGCGGCGCCUGCGCCGCCGUUCGUGAACGGGUCUCCUGCGACCGUGCGGCCCACCGCUCCUGGGAGCGCAGCCCGGCUGCCUACGUCUUUCAAGCCGAUCACGCCGCGGCCCCCAAUCGCAAGCGUCGCGUCGCAGCCACCGUCCAAUCACCACCACGGCCACUCCCACCUGGCGGUGCCGCCCGUGGCGGCGCGCCUGGGAACGGGUCACCAUGGAGCCGCGACCGCGGCCAGAAUCGCGAGGCCGCCUCACCUGCCGUCUCCGCCGGUCUCCAUGGCAACCCCGCCCAAUGGCGCGCCGCCCGUCGCGGUUGCUGCCGCGGUGACUCCGCAGCCUCCGCCGCCGCUCGUCAACGGCAAGCCAGCGUCGCCGCACGGUGCCGCCAACCACAGCGACCAGGAGAACCACGGCGUGGCGCACACGGCGAACGCGCCGCCAGCCAACGUCCCGACGAAGGCGGUGAACGGGACGGCGCCGCUUCCGCCGGCGGCCUCCCUGCUGCAGCCCAAAAGUCUCAACGUGGCACUGCCGAGCGAGCCGGAGGUUCCGUCGGCUCCGCUGGCGGCCAUCCCGGACUUCUGGCAGAAGCAGAGUCCGGUGGUGGAUCAGAUCUUCAUCACGGACGUGACGGCCAACCUGGUGACGGUGACGGUGCGGGAGUGCCGGACGCAGGCAGGGUUCUUCCGGGACCGGGGCGACGAGCAGGCCCCCAAGGACAUAAAGUGACGCCGCGGAGGGUGGGGGGUAAUUUAAGACGGCUGCGAAGGGCGGGUCGAGGGUGCAGCAUCACUGUGGUCCAAGUUCGUUUGGGCUUUUUUAGGUGCCCGGUGUACAGAGAUAGCAAUAUGAAAGGGAAUACCGUCAAACUGUGCAGUUUAAAUGCACAAAGUCGGAUCUGCGAGUGGGUUUUCUGUUUUUGGGUCGGGCCUUGUUCUUGCCAAGCUUUAGGUGCACAUGUGACACCACCAUUACUUUGGUUUGCAGGAGGCAGGCGACAGUAACGUUACUAGGUCAAAGUCGGUCGUCAAGCCCGCAGAACGCCUGGCACCUUUUCGUGCUGUGUCUGGUCGGCUAUCAGUCAAGGCCAUACGGACGGAAGGGUCGGAGCCUGUAGAACAUUGGAGCUGUUGAGAGCAAUUCUAUUCUGGUUUUUAUGGUGAACAUAAAAUUUGCACAAAAACGGGAUUCAACGGCAGUCUUUCUUCAUUGCCCAUGUGCUUGAUGCCACGCCGCUGGUGGCCGUAGGACCGCCAUCUCUCCGUACCUGCUCGCGUGUAGACACCAGAGGUGAACCGUUUUGAAAUGACGCUCUCCCGUGGAGCUUGCCGACCAAUCGAUCUAAGAACGCUGGGCGGCAGUGCUGGAGACUGCUCUUGCCGCCCUUUACCCUUCGUUCGCAGAGCAGCAGCGAGGAUCUCACAUGUGCAGAAGGACUGAAGUUCCCUCCGUGCACCAUGGCAGCGGCAGAAUAGCCAAACUGGUCGAUUGAAUUGGUCCAUUGUGCGCCAUAUUUGGAUUUUCAACACUUCCCUACAAAAAUUGGUUCUUCAUUUUUGUUUAUCCAGCUUUUCCUGCUACUUUCAUGCUUUCCUAAAAAUUAGAGGCAACUACCUCGGAGUGAUAUUUUGUAACUUUGUAACUGCCCUUGUGUCUUAGUAAAGUUCUAUGGCCACUGUGGAGCUGCACCCUUGGAACCUUGGGCAAAUGUGCGAAGCACAGCUUGGUGCCCGCGUCGGAGCAAUGUGAACGGGUUGAAGAGGCAAACGACGGUAUCCUGUGAUGAGCAACUUCCGCAUUUGGUCUCUGUUCUAAUCCAGCAAGGAAAUGAAAAAGAUGCUUUGACUUGUUGACAGGCAUAAGAUCGCCAUAAAUUCCUCGGAAUUUUUGUGUUUUUUUUUUUCGUUGAUGGAAAGUUGGAUGUGUAGAGUGGAUCGUUUCUUUUAUUUCGGAUAUUUUUUUGUGAAAGCAUCUGUGUGAUGGGGGAAUUGGAUUACAACGUAGGGGUGUGUGAAUGUGUGUAUGGAAAGUGCACUGUGGCAUGUUUAUUUGUUUUUCUUCCUGGCCAACUUCACCUAUCUGUGUUUCAUUGCUAACUCUGCUUGUGCACGUAGUUUAAGGGGUUUAGGUGAAGUGUUUUGUUGUUUUUUUUGGUGUUGAAGGCGUGGGGGGGCUAGCUAAUAUAUUCUCUUGUUUUCUUAUUUUUGUUUGUGAUACCGGAUACGAAAAUGCAGUACCUGUUAUAUAAUUUAAUCCUUUAUGUUCGCUGCUUCGCAGUUCUUGUCUGCUGUUUAAGGUACUCGCCUAAGGGGGCGCUUUGCAUGAGGCAGCUUAAACAUUCUAUCGUGCUAUGUACCUGUUGGUGGCACCUGAUUCAAUGUAUAGAACAACAUAGUUGUAUCAAUUGAAACCCAGUUUUCGUUAGAUUCUUGUAAGCAAGGCUUAUUAUUUCGGACAUGUGACACGCACUAAACGGUGCCAGUAGUUGCCAGAUGUACAGUUGCACCCAGUGAUGCUGACGAUGUGCUUGCUUUGCGACAUGCCACAGUACAAAGCAGAGAGAUUUUUGUUAAUAAAAUGUGUACAUACCUAUA